CUCGUCUUCCCCAUGGCAAUGGCCCAAAUGCCUUACAAUCCGACUCGAAUAUUACAGAAUGGCACGACUCUUUAUGUCUUUCGACCAUCAACUGACUCGUCUGGCCAAUUCGAGCUUGGGUCAAUCGAUACAUCUUCCGAGAUCGCAGCCACCAAAGUGCCCUACACGACUCUGUAUUCAAGUUUACCAUUCCUCGAUGACGACAAGAAGAUAGCAUUCACUCCAUUGCUAGACAACGGUGGGAACAUGACUGUAUAUGCAGGGGACUGUUCCAAGGGCGCAAGCGGCGGACAGCUCUGGAGCUUUGAACCCGCACGCUCGGAACAGAAUGGAAAUGGCAGCUGGCGACAAGAAGAUCUUUCCUUUGACCAGGACGGCAGACAUAUCCCCGCCAUCGGGGCCAACUUCCUCAGUGGCGGCGUCAGUUUCUCCGCCGUCGUGGGCGACGAUGCUAUGGGCACCGGAUCCUACGUGUUUGGCGGCAUGUGCCCCUCCGCUCAGGCCAGCAACGACUGGCAAUCAUCUGCGAAUUAUUCCAAUCUCAUGGUUACCCUGGAGCCUUCUGCCGCGGAUUCUCUAAAGUAUCAACUUAGUACAUCCUCGAGUCGCGGACCGCCUAUCGCAGAGGCUGGUUUUACCCUAACUGGAUUGUCACCUAGUUUCUCUAACAGGAGCGACGGCACGCAGACCCAGCAACAAAACUUUGUGCUCGUAGGCGGUCAUACAAGUACUGCCUUUAUAAACAUGUCCCAGGUAGCUCUAUUCUCCCUGCCGCAACAGAGUUGGACGUUUGUGGGCGUCGAGCAACCAGAUUCGGGGAACUCUGAUUUACGUACCCGUGACCAGGAAGUCGAAGUCGAACCUCGCUCUGGACACAGCAUGGUUCUUACCCCUGAUGGUCAGCAUCUCAUCAUGUUCGGAGGCUGGAUCGGAGAUACCAAAACUGCAGCCGAACCUACGUUGGCUGUCCUCAAUAUAGGAGAAGGUUACGGAGGCCAGGGUUCUUGGAAGUGGACAGUACCGCAGCUUUCAGGAACUGGUCUCGCCAGUAAUACCGGUAUAUAUGGCCAUGGAGCAGCGAUGCUUCCAGGAGGUGUGAUGAUGGUCAUGGGAGGUUAUUCAAUUCCUAGUCCGAACGCCCGCCGACGCAGGGCUACACAGUCGUCUAACUCUCAGACCCUCUUCUUUAACACAACAUCUAACACCUGGAUCACUAAUUAUGUACCUCCACGAGAGAUCACGCCAUCAGCAUCCCAAUCGAAUGGGCCCCUCUCCACAACGUCACAAAAGGCCGGCCUCGGUGUUGGCUUAGGUGUAGGACUGGCUGCUGUCUUAAGCUUGCUCAUUUUCUACCUAUGGUACACUCGACGGACGAAGAAGCAUCGACAAGCUCGAGAAAAACAAUUACAGGAACUAGCAAUGAGCACUCAUCGCUACAAUCUGGACUGCUUGUCUCCUGGUAUCGAUGGCCGCGGCGGGCACGCAGAUGCUGUAGACUACCUCGAUGAGCCGAACGACUCGUACUUCUAUCCCUCCACAGGCUCGCGUAACCAAGGCUGGAGAAGUUCCAAUGGCCACGAAGCGGAGCGUACCGGACUUCUAGUUGAAAUCCCAAGUCCAACCCGAGGGCUACGCAGGAGUUUGGGUGGACGAUCAGGUUAUCACAUGUCUCGCUAUGACGAGAGACGAGUCAAGGCAUCCGGCGAUAUUCACCCCAUCGACGAGCUCGAAGAGGACCAAGAACAUGAGAACACACCACUAACUGUCUCCAAUGAGAUGACAGAGCGGCCGAAGAACACCUCUAUAUUCGACAAUGCGCCAGUGCUGGACCCAUUUACGGAUAGUUCCCGUGGAAUAGGUAGAAGUAAUCAGCGGUUUGCGCCAUACUCUGCGCCAACAUCACCCGCGCGAGAGACACCACCAGAGAAUGGGCAUCUUCUGAGCGACUGGCAGCUUGCCAUGGGGGCCUUGCUUGGUCGGCGACCGAGUCCAUCAGGAGGUAGACUCUCACCAGAUCGCUCUGAUCGAACACGUUCGGAUCUGAGUGACCGUAGUUUGCAUUCAGACUUAUCAUCCACAUCGGCCGGUGGCAGCAUCGGUCGCAGUGUCUCUAUGCGCUCCACUGCCAUGGCGAACAAGGCUAAUCAGAGCAACCCUUUCACCACUCCGAACGCCAGUCCCACCAGCAGCAAACCCAACAGCAACCAUGAACAAGGCUGGGAAAGUCCUACCCAUCCUCGCACCCAAUCUCUCACAAGUGUUCGAAGCUACGUUCGGCCACCUAUCGAAGAUAGAGAGUCGUUCGCAACCGCUCGCACUUCGUUCAUGCAAUUACAGGCCGAAGGUGAAGUUUUGCUGGGAGGGAAUCCCGACCGAGGAAGGCCAGGAACAUCAUCCACCUCGAACGCGUCGACAUCACAUACUCAGCCCACUGCUGAUAGCACGUUGAGCCGCACAGGAACGAUCACAGCGGCCACCUCACUCGCUGAUGGCCUCACAAGACCUCGAAGAAAGAGCUGGCUAGGAAGCGUACGACGAGCACUAUCUCGCUCUGGUACAACUGCAAAUGCCCGGACUCGAUCUCUCACAAAUUCAACGCCUCAGCUAGAGAUAUACACAGACGAUCCUGUAUCUGCAGGAGCCGAGAACACCAAGCGCAUGACGUUCCCUACAGCUGCAUCCCCACCGAGACGUGCAGCGAGUGAUGCUAGUUUCUGGCGUAGCAGACGCGGGCAGCAAGACUGGCUUGACGAGGAGCUUGACCCCAACGACCCUCAGGCUCGCUGGCGACGCAACAGUGGAGACGACUGGGGUGCUCCAGAAGACGUUGCCCACACCGAAAGGGAACGUCGAAGACGGGAAUGGCGAGAACGUGGAAACCUCAUCAGCCUUGGCGAUGAAGAACUUCCCACUCCUCGUACCCCUAUCCGAUCUGAUGACUUGGGCUCAGUGGCCGACCCGCAUAGACCAAGCACACCCGCAGACGAGGACGACUGGGACGUCGAAGCCGCAGUCGAGCGCAGAGUAGUCCAAGUGAUGUUCACCGUGCCCAAAUCCAAACUCCGCGUCGUCAACGCAGACAUCGACAGGAGCAGCCUCAUGUCGCUACCCCGCGAGAACUCCGACGAGAACAUCCAGAAAACCGAAUCCAACUCGAACAGCCCCGGCCGGGUCCGCGACCUCGCCGGACGCUUCGAACAACUCGGCUCGCCCAACAGCCCACGACUCGCGCCACGACCGAGCCCCAGCCCCUCGAUCAAGAGCGUCAAGCUGAGAGCGCAAGGCAGCUCGCCGUCCCUCGCUCCCAAGCAUAGCUCCGCGAGCCUCGGAGCAAAC